AUGGUGGGGGCGCGCAGAUGCUCCUCUAGCUCGGUGCCCCUCCCUGCUCCAUUUUUUCCUUUUUCUCUCUGCUCUCGGCCGCUGGUAGCCAUUGCGCUGGCCCCUGCUCCAUGCCGACGCCCCCUGCUCCUCUUCUCUCUACCGCAAGCACCCCUCCUCCCUGCUCUCUGUUCGGCGCAGGAGCCCCCAUGGUGCCUUGAAACGGCUGGCGUCUUCCACUUCGCCAAAAAUCUCCUCAUCCAAACUUGCUGCCUGUCCUCGCUGGUCGCGUGCAGCGAGCAUCUCUCGCCGACAUCCUCCCUCGCCUCGCCAGCCGAGCUCCUUCUUGGUCGAGCUCUCCUCAUGCCCGUCGCGCCUAUUCCCAUCCAGAUUUCGUGCCCUUUCUCCAGUGCAGCAGCACUGCUGCGGGGUUUCCUCGUCGCACUCGUCGUCGACCUCCAACCGGGUGUGCGCAGCCCAUCCGCGACACCGUCGAAACCCGUGCUAGUGGUCGACGUCGCGCUUCGCGCUUUGCCCGUUCAACGAAACAUCGAGCCAUGUGGACAACCCAUGUGACUAAUCUCGAUUCGUCCAGGUUGUUCACUUGGUAUUUUGUGGAUUAAUCUAUUUAAGCUUUGGUCGAUGUUGUGCAUGUGUAUGUAUAUGUG